UCAAUUUUCGUAAACAUAAUAAAUGAAACCCGUCUAAUAUGUCAGAUGACAGUCACGCUUCCUAUAAGUUAUAUUUUAUAUAAAAUCUAAAAGGACAGCCUUGUAUUAUGAAAUUAAGAUACAUGAACAGUUGAAACAAUAUUGAAACAAAAUGUCUUACGAGCCAGAUGAUAUGGGUCAGUACAGUGUCUCGUUUCCACGUGACUUCAACUACGGGCCUGAAGAUGGAGAGGGAGAUAGUGGAGGAGCUACACCUGAGCACAAACCUAGAAUAUUACUGAUGGGCCUUAGAAGGAGUGGUAAAUCAUCUAUACAGAAAGUAGUUUUUCAUAAAGUGUCACCAAAUGAGACCCUAUUCCUUGAAAGUACAAAUAAAGUUGUCAAAGAAGAUGUAACAAAUUGCUCAUUUGUGGUAUUUCAAAUCUGGGAUCUGCCAGGUCAUUUAGACUAUUUUGACUCAACAUUUGAUUCUGAACAUAUAUUUGGAGGCUGUGGUGCACUUAUUUUUGUCAUAGAUUCACAGGAUGAUUAUAUGGAUGCUUUAGCAAAGCUUCAUUUCACGGUGUCUCGAGCAUACAAAAUAAAUCCAAAAAUAAAAUUCGAAGUGUUUAUCCAUAAAGUAGAUGGUCUGUCAGAUGAUCAUAAGAUAGAGACUCAGCGGGACAUACAUCAACGUGCGACAGAUGAUCUCGUCGAUGCUGGAUUAGAAAACUUACAUUUAAGCUUCUAUUUAACGAGUAUAUAUGACCACUCUAUAUUUGAGGCAUUUAGUAAAGUCAUACAGAAGUUAAUUCCACAGUUGCCAACACUAGAAAACCUGCUAGACAUCUUCAUUUCAAAUUCAGGGAUUGAGAAAGCGUUUUUGUUUGAUGUGGUCAGUAAAGUAUAUAUUGCUACAGAUAGUUCACCUGUAGACAUGCAAUCCUACGAGUUAUGCUGUGAUAUGAUAGAUGUUGUACUCGACAUCUCAAUGAUAUAUGGUGAAGAAACAGCUACAUCAGAACUAGGUGGAAUGAGCCUGUUAACUGCGUCACAACCACAUGCAAACUUCUCUAUAAGUCCUAUCAGUUUCCAUAGCGACGAGUCAUCUAGUGAGGAUGGGGAUUCGUCAUUCCCUGAUAGGUCAAAGGAAGAGAGUGCCUUUAAUACUGAGAGUUCAUCAGUCAUCAAGUUGAACAAUGGUACAGUAAUGUAUCUUCGAGAGGUCACCAAAUAUUUGGCACUUGUUUGUAUAUUAAGAGAGGACAGCUUCAAAAAACAGGGUUUGAUAGACUACAACUUCUGGUGUUUUAGACAAGGUAUACAAGAAGUGUUUGACCUCAGGAAAAAACAUGCAAAUGGAGACAUUGUACCUAAUGGCAUACCUGAGCCACAAAAGGAUGUAAAAGCGAAUUAGAAAGUGAUAUAGUUAACAAACAGGCUAUAAAAUAGCCUCCCAAAAAAUCCUUGACAAGUGUUCAUUUAAUCUAGGGGCCCCUUCAGUUAUUCAUUGUGCCGCUUACUUCAACAUUAAGAAAUGGCAAUGUAAAAUAUCAUCUCUCAAGCAUAGAUAUUUAGAGAAGUUGUGUAUUCAAUAUAUGUGGCUUCUUGAAUUAUCAUAGCUUCAAAAUGAUCAUGGCCACAAACCUGACUGAGUACUCAUGUAUACAAACAUUUACAAAAAAAAGACGUACAUUCAGCGGAAAUGGGUCAAUCAGUAGUGAGAAUGAAGUCAUUUGUGAAAUAAAAAUGUCUCUUAAUAGUUUGAAGUUAAGUUUGGAAAGUUGAAUAUUGGAAAAGCAAAGCUAAGUGUUACAUAUUUGAAUGUCAGUAAAUACUGAAAAAGCAAAACUGAAAGUGUUACAGAUUUGAAUGUCAGUGAAUGAGCACAAUGUAGUAUAACUGUAAAUUGUUUGAUAUUGACUUCUCAGGGCCUUACCCUGGUUGAUAAUUUCUGUAAGCCAAAUUUAUAGGAUUUUCUUAUUUUAUACAAAAUGAUAUAAAAAUAGCAAAACAUGGACAGGAAAUCAUUGAGCCGAAUUGAAAUUAUUCCAGUCAAAUUAACAGCAAUGGGAUAAAAUGACGAAUGGCAAAAUGAGCCUUACUGUGGCUGCAAACAGUUCUUAACCUGACCUUAGGAUUCCUCAUACAGUACUAUCUACAUUGGCUCGGCCAUUUUAAUGACUUUUUGACUACAUAACAAUGAAAGAUAUGUACAUGGCAGAAAUUUAGUGAUGUGUGCAAACAGAAGCAAUUUAAAAUCAACUUUAAAAAACAAAAUAGCUUGUUUUAAGUACUAUGUGGCAAAUGAUCAUGAUUUGAAGACAGUUAUUUAGAUUUGGUGACUGUAGUUUAAGAUUUAAGAUAUUAACUAGUUUAUUCCUUUUAUUUUAAAACCAGGACAAAGACUCCAUGCAUGAACUAGAAGUUUCUACAAAAUCAGCUUAGUCAAAUAUCAUUCAUAUGUUUCAUUAGUUAUAGAAUUAUUUUAGUAUGGACCCAAAGGGAUUAAAAAAUGUCUUCUAAAUAAGGCAUAAAGUUUUUGCAGUUAUUGUAUGAACUUUGAACAUAAGUUUUAAUGUCUUGAAUUUUCCCCAUCCAUUAUCUACAUGUACUCAUAUAUCCUAAGAACUUGUCAUUGUUAGCAGGAAAGUUUCUUCAGUAAAUUAAAAACGACUCCUAUUGCCCAUGUUUUGUAAGUUGUUUAACUCCAAUUUUGUUAUUGUUAUCCACAAUUUUACAUGUUCUUCAAUGAAUUUUGUUAAAGCCUUUAAAUCAAAGUCAUUUAUUAUAAAUAUGAUGAUUGUUGCAUACAUUGUGUUUGUGUUUAAAGACUGUUUUAAUAACCUGUAACCUGCUGGAACUAAAAGUGUUUAGUCUUUGCCACCAGUAUAGAGCCAGGCCAACCUAUCUAUGCUCUAUACUGCUGACUUACUUUAUAUUUUCAUCUUGAUACCUCCCUACGUGAUAAUGUACUGUUCCAGAUCUAGAAGCUGGACAUGUCCAUUUAAUAAAUUCAGCAUGUUGAGGAUUUAUAUUGUAUUAUUGUUAUAGACUUUAUUUAAAGAGGCAACAUAGUUGGGCAUGCCCAGUCUUCACUGUGAGGCUCUAUAUUGUAUACCAAUAACUUUUGUGCAAAAUUUUAGAUCAUUUUCUCGCUUUGCUUUUAUACCUCAGUUGAGCUCCUUUAAAACCAAAAACUUUAAGCAGUUUGUUCACCAUUGCCAUUGAUGUGAACUACAUGUAUAUACUUGAUAUACAUGCAACCAAUAAGAUAUUUUCUAUAUAAUAUGCUGAAACAUCACUUCAACUGAAAUAAUGAAAACUUGCUGUUGCUUGCAAAAAGUGAAAGAAAAUAACAACAGAAAAAGUAUAGGUUUUUUUUAUGACGAAUAUAUUUUGAACAAGAAAUAUCUUCAGAACAUUUGUACCACAUGCAUUUUGUGUAAGAAUGGUAGAGUACAUGUAUAUGACCUGUAAGAAUGCGUUCUACGUGUACAUGCACUGGUUAAUGUUUAUGCUUUUCAACACAAUUCAUAUUCGUUCUAAAAAACAAGUUCCAGAAUUAAAUACAGUAAAAUCCACUUAUAACGAUAUUUAGGGGACUGCCAAAGUUAUAUUGUAAUAUCGGGAUAUCGUCAUUUACGAUAGGCAAGUAGUCCGGACCACGGCAACAUCAUAUAUUGUUAUAAGCGGUAUAUUGUUAUAAGCGAUCUCGUCUUAAGUGGAUCUUAGUGUAUGUUGUUGCAUUACAGCAGAUCAGAUGGACAAAAGCUUAUCACUGUACAGUUGUAAUUCUCUUGAAUUCUAGAUUUGUUUAAAAUAGUCAAUUUUAUCCUUGUUGUUGUUUUCAAUAUUUAUAUUUUGUACAUAUAUUGUACACAUCAUGUAAACGUCAUUGUGUAAAAUUUUCAAAACAAAUUUAAUAAGGUUAGACAGUUAAAAUGUUUGUAUGAUAGUGAACGUGUAUUUCGAUGCUUGAAUUUAUAUAAAGAAUGAAUGUAUUAGAAAAUUGUUGAGAUAAAUGAUCGUGUAUUUCCGAGAUUAUACAUGUAUUUAUGAAUAGCUUUCAUUUUGAUAUGUUUAUAUAUAUGUAGAUAUAUUAUUGUAAAUAUUUGAAAGUAAAAAAUAAAUAAAUGAAAUAUAUAAUACAA